AUGCCAGCACAACGCAAGUCCGUCGAGAUCAGCCUCAAGCAGCAGGCUAUCGACUGGAUCGAGUCCAAAGGAGGUGGAAUUCCUUCUCGGGCGGAGCCACACUUUCGCCAGCUCGGUUGGCGAGUGUCGGCGUCUGCCUACCGGAAGUGGUGGCGCGAUCGCGACCAAAUUCGUGCGGAGUCUGUUGCUCGCUUUCGGCUUUUUGGCGGGGGUCGAAAGCCCUUCUAG